GGAGCACGUAUAUUAUAUAUAUUUUUCCCCUACAAAAAUCUGUUCAUGGUGUUAUCCUCAGUGGUGGCGUUCUUGCCUUCGGCACAUACACAUACGCAUACACAGGCUGUAAAGAAUCGACGAUGGUGAAGCAGCGCAUGACGGCCCUGGAUGUGCGGGCUACGGUGGAGGAGAUGCGCGCCCACCUCAUCGGGCUGCGUCUGCUGAACAUCUACAACAUCUCAAACAAAAUGUUCCUCUUCAAAUUCGGCCACGGCGAAAACAAGCGCAGCGUCCUCCUCGAGAACGGAAUUCGCUUUCACCUGACCGAGCUCGCACGGGAGAAGCCGAAGGUGCCGUCGCAGUUUGUGCUGAAGCUGCGCAAGCACAUCCGCGCAUGGCGGCUCGACAGCAUCACGCAACUCCAGCACGACCGCACUAUCGACCUGUGCUUCGGCGUUGCCUCGACGGAAGGGUGCUUCCACAUCAUCGUCGAGCUCUUCUCCAAGGGGAACGUGAUUCUGACGGACUACUCGUAUAAGAUGAUGAUGCUGCUCCGCACGCACCGCGAUGAUGGGGGCUUGAGUUUAAUCGUGAACGAGACUUACCCCGUCACGACACCCUUCGCCGCAGCUCCGGCGGCGGCAGGGAGUGUCAGCGCAGCCGCGUCAACGGUGUCCGCCAGCGUCAGUGCGACGGCCACGGCCGAUGAGGAGCCACACGUGAUGCUCUGCACGCCGCACGUUGACGCAGCGGGUCAUCUCCACGUCGAUCGCAUUGCCGCUGCGGACCUCACCCCCGCGCAGCGCCGGCUGAAGGAGGAGCGGGUGCGAGCUUUAAAGGUGGAAUGGGAUCUUGGGUUAAGCCGCGGUAACGAGCGCACGCUCUUGCAGGGCCUCGUGGCUGGCAUUCAGCAUUUCGGGCCCGAUCUGGCGCAGCACGUGCUCACCAUUUCGGGGGUGCCGAAUGCGCAGCAAAGGAACUGGAAAGAGACGCCCGACGCGCUCUUUACCACGGUGCUGCCGGGCCUAUUAGAGGCGUACGACCUGGCGAAGAUGGACUUGACUGCGGCGGGGGGGUAUCUGAUUAAAAAGACGGUGAAAGGCAAAGCGAAGCACGACAGUGGUGCCACCGCGACAGAGGCAGCAGCGGCACCGACGGCCCCUCCUCCGUCCGCGCCCUCGACCGGAGAGCCAACGCAGGCGGCCGACGCGGGCGUGGCGGUGGUGGUGGCGGUGGCGGAGCAGUACGAGAGCUUCACGCCCAUCCUGCUCGCCCAGUACAAGCUGGAGGGGGUGGAGUCCCUCUACCGCCGCAGCUUCGGCCGCGUGUGCGAUGACUUCUUCCUCAUCACGGAAACAGAGCGCAUCGACGCCUCGAACGACAAGCGAAAGAACGCGGCGAAGGGAAAGGAGGAGAAGUUUGCCGCCGACCACGCACGCCGCAUCCACGGUCUGGAAGGGGACAUCGCAAAAAGCCAGCAAAAAGGCGAGCAGCUGAUUUUGAAUGCGGAGCGGGUGGACGAGGCGAUCCAGCUCAUCAACGGCGCCCUCGCCACCGGUAUUUCGUGGGACGCGCUGCGCAGUCUGCUGAAGCGGCGUAACGCGGAGGGGCACCCCGUUGCCUACAUGAUUCAUGAACUGUUCCUCGAGCGCAACGCCAUCAGCGUGCUGCUGGAGGCCACCCUGGAAGACGAAGAGGACGACUGCGAUGUGCCGCCGCUGGUGGUGGAGGUGUCCCUGUCGAAGACGGCCCACGCCAACGCGACGGACUACUUUGGGCGACAGAAGCAGAACAAAUCGAAGUUGGAGCGCACGGUGGCGGCGACGGACAAGGCGGCUGCCGGGGCCGCGCGCAAAGGCGCCCGCAAGGCGGCAGAGCAGAAGGAGAAAAAGGUGAUCGUGAAGGAGCGUCAGCGGAACUGGUGGGAAAAGUUCUUCUGGUUCCGCACCUCCGCCGGCGAUCUCGUGCUGCGUGGCAAGGACGUGGAGUCGACCGAGCUGCUGCUUCGUCGCGUGAAGCAGCUCGGCGACUUCUUUGUGCAGUGCGAGGUGGACGGCUCGCUGCCCUGCUUGGUGCGGCCCAUGGCGCGUCUCUGGCACGGCGGGGGUGGGGUGACGCCCUCUGCGUCCGCCGCCGCUGCUGCGGCCCAACCAAUUGCAGCCGCCAGUCUGUGUGAGGCGGGCGCCUGGUGUGUGGCCUUGAGCGGAGCCUGGGAGAGUAAGCAGACCACCGGGGCGUGGUGGAUCUACGCCUCGCAGGUGACGGGAGGCAGCGCCGCCGGCACGUACGUCUUCAGCGGGGAGCGGCACUUCCUGCAGCCGCAGCCGAUGUCGCUGGGGUGUGCCCUUCUCUUUUACGUGGCCCGCACGAUGGACCAGCCAGCGGCGGCGAUCACCGCCGACUCCGCGGAGGAAGGGAGAAAAGAUCAAGAAGAAGGGGGAGAGGACGCAGCGCAGGAGAGCGUGGACGAAGCGCACGGCACUCCCCUCUCAGCAGAGGAAGUAGUACAGCGUGAGUUGCCGCGGCUGCCCACCAAGGCGCAGUUCAAAGCAGCCGCGGUAGACGCCACCGACGUCGACACGUCCGCCAACGACGUCAUACCUGCAGACACGGCCACCGCGUUAGCCGACAUGCCGACCAUCGAGGCGCUGCGCGCGGAUCAGCGGAAGCAGCAGCAAACCUACGGCGGGCACGCCAACCGCUUCGACGGUAGCGGAGGUAACGCUGCGGCGAAGGGCAAGAAGGGCGGUUACGCACGCAACGCCCGCGUGGAUCGCGAUGGACUUCACGGGAGUGCAGCGGGGAGUGUCUCGGUGAUGCACGCUGACGAAGCCGACGCGCGCGCGUUGUCGGUGGGGGCCGCUGCCGCCUCCUCCACUGCGACGACCAUCAACCCACAACGGCCAUCACCACCGCCGCCGCAGCAGCAGCAGCAGGACAAGACGCUGUCGAAGCACCAAAAGAAGAAGCUGAAGAAGAUCCACGACAAGUACGGUGAUCAAGACGAGGAGGACCGCGUUUUGGGGGCGCAGGUGAACGGCAAUCAACUCUCACGCGUGCAGCUGCUGGAGCUGGAGCGGCUGGCGGCGCAGCGGCAGCAGGAGGAGGCGGAGAAGCGCCGGCUGGCGAAGGCAGGCCGCCAGGCGGCGCGCGACGCCGGCACCUUGCGCUACCGCACCGUGACGGAGUGUGAAGAUGCGGAGGCGGCACCUCACGAGGGAAGGGAGGAGGACGUGGAGGUCGUGUCGGACUUUACGGACGACGACGAGGAGGAGCGCCGUGCGGGAGUAAGCGAUCCGGUCGGUAGCAACAGUGCGCAGGUCAAGUCCCCGUCACCGCCGUCGUCGUCGUCGACUGCGGAUGACUUGGCGGAACACUCUGAAAAGGAGGAGGAUCCAAGCACCGCCGCAGCGAGCCCGUCCGAUCUCAAUCGACAAGAAGAAGAACCAGGAACCGGCAGGGGCGGAGAUGAAGAGGGCUGCGCUUCUCAGGCGCGGAGGGAGGCGUCGCCCACUACCAGCACCGCUGCCGCCACACGCAGUGACCGCGACGCUGUUGUGGCGCAGCAGACCGCAGAGCUGAACCGCGCGUUCCUGCACUAUACCAUGAAGCCCGCGCCGACGGACGUCGUCCGUCACGUCGUCGCCGUGUGUGCGCCAAUGAUGGUCGUCAAUGACUACGCCUAUCACGUCCCGCUGGCCAUGGGGAACGCGAAGAAGGGCGUGUUGGCCGGAAAGCUGCUGCAGGUCUUCACGGAGCGGGCGGAGCGUGGGGAGGCGUCGGCGACGACCACCACCACCACCACCGCAGGAGCAGGGCUCAGCGGAGGUGGGAGCACGCGUAAGAAUCAGAGGAAGGCGGCGAAGGCGCACGUCGACCCGUCCAAGCCGGCGGCGGCGGCCCUGUCGGAGGGCGCGAUCGCUGCCAUGGUGAACCCAUCCGUUGUGAAGGCACUGAAGAUGACGAGCCCCAACGCCAUCGUGGAGCAGCUCCGCGCGAACGUCAAGCCGAUUGACUUCAAGCUUUAA